AUGGAUGCGCUCAAUCGUUCAUACCAAAACGACUUUGGAGAUGUAAUAAAUGAUAAUAUUUCAAUGAAGAAACUCAAUUAUUUGGUGAAAAAGAAAAAUAAAUUAGCCAAAAAGGAUAAGAGCGAAUCAGUUGAAAUUGCGCGAGACGCAGGUGGUGAACAGUGGAUACAGGCUGUGGACAAAGUACACCAUUCUCCAAUCGAUCUUACAAGCAAUGGCACUGCUUUGUCACUAACAGAAAGAUUGAAAAUUGCAAAUUAUAAGAGCGCCCAAUUCAAAUAUGAAGUAUUGAAGAAGGAAAUAGAGAAUGAUCCUGAACUCUUGAAAAAUCAUCUGCAAAACAUGGUCCAUCGUGGCUUAUCAAGUCAUGGUUAUCAUCAAAAGAGUAAAAGAAAAAUAAAGGAUCGUCGUCCAAAUUUGGAGAAAGUCAACAUAUUUAGUAUGUUUUGGCCUGAUUUAUUGUUUGUUGAAGAAAAAUGCCUUUUUCGAAAAUGCAUAUUACCUUGCAGAGAAAAUCACAGUGAAUGA